GUAGCAGAGGAAGUGGCAAACAGUCUACACCCUUCUCUGCAUUCCUACACUACCGUGGCCCUGUCAGAGCAGUCCAGACUUUACAGGGGAUCACAUACAGGAGUAUCAGAUACAGGAGGAUCGCAUACAGGAAGAGGAGAGGAAGAGAAGAAGACAGAAGCCCGAAGAGACUGACAGAGAGUGUCAGAGAGAGGUGUGACAAGUAGAGAAAAACUAGUUUUUGAGUCAAGUCAGGGAGAGGAGGCAGGGGGAGCUCAGAGAGAGAGAGCUGUCCAAAGAAGUGAAAGAGAGAUUAAAGUGCAAAGAGAUCAACAGUGAAAAAAAACUCGGUGAGAAAACAAAAAAUAGGCAUCUACAAUCGGUUUGAGUAGGUUAAAAGGUACAACCGCCGUACAGUACUGUACUCGACAGCCGGAUUUGACCAGAGCUAGCAUCGCCAUGGUGACCCUGGACACGCGGACCCUGACGGUGCCCGUGGGCAUCGUGAGGAUGCUGGAGGUGGUCCUCACCUGUAUCUCCUUCAGCCUGGUGGCCUCGGUGGGUCACUUCGGCUCAUCCUACUGGGCCUGGUGCAUGUUCACCUGGGUCUUCUGUUGCUUCGUCACCCUCCUCAUCCUCAUCAUGGAGUUCACCACCCUCCAUGCCCGGGUGCCCAUCUCCUGGGACGACUUCACCACCGCCUUUGCCAUGCUGUCCACGCUCAUGGUGCUGGCUGCCUCCAUCAUCUACCCCACCUUCUUCACGUGUGUCUCCUGCGGGAAGCAGAUUGCCGCCACCGUCAUUUCCUGUCUGGCCUUCCUCUUGUACGGCACGGAGGUGGGCCUGAUCCGGGCCAAACCCGGCGAGAUCAGCGGCUUUCUCUCCACCAUCCCGGGCCUCCUCAAGGUCCUCGAGGCCUUCGUGGCCUGCAUCAUCUUCAUCUCUCUGGACCAUGGCUCCUACUCGCGGUUCCCAGGGCUCCAGUGGUGCGUGGCGGUCUAUUCGCUAUGUUUCAUCUUUGCCCUCAUCAUCAUCCUCUUUACUAUCUGCCGCCUGCUGUCGCUCUUCCCGUUCCCGUUCGACAAGGUGCUGACGGGCUACAACGUGCUGGCCGUGCUGAUGUACAUGACGUGCGUGGUGAUAUGGCCUCUUUAUAGCUUCCAGAACAACCACAGCAGACCCAGCGGGUGUGGCCGCAACUGCUACUGGGAUAACCAGGUUGUAGUGGCGUUCAUGACCUGUUUCAACCUUGUGGUUUACAUUGUGGACACGGUCUACUCUUUCAGGCUGGUGUUCUUCGUCACCCCGGCUUAAGACAAAGGUCAAAGGUCACCCACCUUACCCAACCUGAGAACUGGCCCCGAAACACAGUGCCGGAUCUUAAACAAUAGACUGAACUUUGCUUUUGUAUAAAUACAGCAAACUGUAACCAUGCUGUUUUUUUGGAACACUAAUUCGUAUUGGGAGAAUGUCUCUGUAUGGUGGAUAAUAAUUCACAAUUCACAAACCAUGAGGUGGAUAAGAAUGUUCUGAAUGCUUGGAUCCGUACGUAGAUUCAAUGUAUAUUUUGUCUUCCCGUUUUUAAAAUACAGAAGGAACUAUGCAGUGCGCCCUACGCAGUCCACAUGGGCUGUAAUCAAAGUGAAUAGAAAGAUCAAAGAGCUGUUCUUGAUAUGUUCAUUUUAUUCUCAUAUUCUGUUCUCCAUUUCAUCUCUGUCUCUCUGGCCUUGAUUCAAUCAGUUCAGCGUUAACCCCCGAUAACCCACAACUGCAUAGCAGAUCAUUGGUUUUACUGAUUUGACAGCUCCAACGAUGUUACAUCUUUGUCAUGGCCCAAAUAAAAACAGAUCUGCUAUGCAGUUGUCGGCUAUCACAUCUCUCUCUCUCUCUCUCUCUGUCUAUUGUACCUACUCUAAUCCUAACAAACAUGCAAUCCAGACAGAUAUGACAGAAUUCAGCUCAAACAUGAAUCUGAAUAAGUAAAACAUAACUAUUGACAUUUAGCUGACGUGACCAAAUUGUUUUAAUAAUGUUAUAUAACAAUAAAAUAAAGAAAACAUUUGCUUAACACCUAUUCUCUUUCUACAACACUGUUAAAGGACAUUCAGCAACGCUCCCUCCCUCUCUCUAUUUGCUAGGGUAUGUCUGCUAUGAGAGGCCUAUUGGAUGAAAUGGCAUGGGAUGUCGAGGUCCAGCCCAGGGCUUUGCUUUCAUGUCUCUUUCUGUGUUUGCUGAGUGCGGCGGGGAAUCCGACAGCGAGACAAGUCUCAAUCACACUCCGCUCCGUCCCACCUGGAUGACAUCACUCUCUUACACAGGCAGCAUCUGAAUCCCUCACGGACCGUGGCUUACCACAGAUUCGAUUUGAUAGGGAACAUAUUGGGCCAUUCUGAGGCUGCUAAACUAAUUAUAAUUUCUAAAAAGACAGCAGAAUAAUUGUGGUUGGUGAUCUGUUUAUGGUAAUGAUGUCAAGGUCUCUCAUGCCCACACUUUGCUUUGUGAUACAUAUGGCAGGGGUUAUUCCUUUCUUCAUGAGAGAAAUUAAGUUAAGUGACGAAUGAAGAAUCAUUGUCCCAAAACAGAAGCCAACAGAAUGAUGGAGGUUCCUGAUCUGAUUAUGGUAAUGAAGUCAAGGUCUUUUAUGGCCACAUCUUUUCUUCUGUCUUGCAACCUUUGACAGGGAUUAUUGAUUUGUUCAAAAGAGAAAUGAAGUUAUGUUGCUGCUGUCUCCUUGGCACAGAUCAAGAGGGAGGUAAAAGUGAAAAAUGGAUGAGGCAGAUAUAGAGAGAGGGAGAAGUGAGAGUGGGAGAGAAAGAGAGAGAAAUAGAGAAAGAGAAGAGGGAGAGUGAGAUAGAAGGAGAAGUAUAUAGAGAGAGGAGAAGGAGGAAGAAUAUGAGGGUAUAUAACAGUGAGAGGGAAUUAGGCAAUGCACUGACAAUAUUUAAAGGGAUCCUUCAGCUGAGACAGCUGCUGCUGUUGACACAACCAUGCAUUCUCCAUAGACAAACAUUGGCAGUAGAGUCAUUUUUCAUUAUUAUGUUAAACUGCCCUAGUGGCACCAGUGAAUCCAAAUGCAAUACAUUUUGUAAAUGAUUCCAAAAUCUAGAGUGUUACAUUCAAAGUUGGUAUGGUACACUCUGAACUGGGUCAGUAGUAUGCAUAUAAGUAAGUAAGCAUUUCAGGUCUACACUUGUUGUAUUCGGCUCAUGUGACAAAUAAAGUUUGAUUUGAUAUCAUA